ACCCAGUGCACAGAUAGGCGCAGUUGUCAGCCUCGCCAACGAGAGGUCGGGUCGAAGUGCGUCGUUGGUCGUAGUUUGCGUCUCUCAAACCUUGAGGAGGUGAAGGUGACACUUGAAGAUGUCUCCUUUAUCUUACGUCUUCUUUGGGGUCUUUGGGCUCCUGGUGUUUUGCAGUGCAGUAACCAGCGAAGAAUCCCCGCCAUGGCCAAGGAUGGAAGAACAGCUGAGAAAGGAUUUGUUCAGCAACUACGACAAGAACGUUCGGCCGAAUAACACCACGAUCAUUUCGUUCAACGGGCCGUUCAUUAGGGAUGUUCAGCUGGAUGACAAAACCAACGCUAUUGAAAUGUUCUGCUGGUUGAACUUCCAAUGGCAAGAUGACCGCUUGAAGUGGGACGUGGCGAAGUAUGGUGGUGUGGACCUCCUCUCCGUUCCUGUGGACAUGUUGUGGUCACCUGAUAUUACAACCUACAACGCCCCGAGCGUCGACGACAUCCGGGUGAUCGACGACCAGCCCAUGGUGGUCAGGUCCACAGGCUCGGUGCUGUGGGUUCCCCCCGCCAAGCUCAGGUCAUCGUGCGCCGCUGACCUGAGGUUGUGGCCACGUGACACGCACGCUUGCAACAUCACGGUCGGGUCAUGGACUCAGUCGGCUCUCAUGGUUGACUUCGAUAUCCAGUCGCCUCCUGAGUUCAAGUUCUGACCGGCAAGGAGAGCAACAUGACCGGCUCGACGUGGGAGGUCCUGGAGGCCAACUCGACCAAGGAACCGAAGACCUACCCCUGUUGCCCUGAGGUCUACGUCGACGUCGCCCUCUCCCUCAGGCUCCGUCGCCACGCCCCCAGCAGCACCACGACGAUCUUCGUGCGGCCGUCUGUAC